UUUUUGUUUGCAGGUCUUCGCUUCCUGACCCAGAAGUGGAACGGUCGCUCCGACAUGGCGACGUGGAGGAGCUACUCCAUUCUGCUUUGUCGGACUGGCGAGGACGUUCUCCGGAGCGCGAGAGGAGGCAGGUUGACUCCCAACUUCCAGCAGCGUUCCGGCUUCCGGAAGGCGGCCAGGAAGCCCGAAAGCAAAAAGGCGGAGGACGAUGUCGGACACUUGAACUCGUCGGAGUCCCAGUCCCAGCGGCGGACGUCCGGCCCUCACUGGGAAUCGCCCCCGCCUCCCUCGACCGGGUCGCCGCGGGCCUUCGGCCGCCUGGUGCGCCCGCUGCUCUUCACCGUGGGGUUUACAGGCUGCUCCUUCGGCUCGGCGGCCAUCUGGCAGUACGAGUCGCUGAAGUCUCGCGUGCAGAACUACUUUGACGAGCUGCGAGCCGAUUGGCUGGAGAGGGUGCGGCCGCAGAAGCGGGGGGACGUCCGCAAGGAGGUGAGAAAGAGUCACUCCCGUCGAUUGAUUCGUUCCCCCCGCUCCCGUCUCAUCUCGGAUUGGCUCUUUACAUUUCAGGUCAACCAUUGGUGGAACAGUUUGAGUGAGGGACAAAGGACGGUCACAGCCAUCAUGGCGGCCAACGCGCUGGUUUUCUGCUGCUGGCGACUUCCGUGGCUGCAGCGCUCCAUGUUCAAGUACUUCACCGCAGACCCCGCCUCCAAGACCACGUGCUGGCCCAUGCUGCUGUCCACCUUCAGCCACGUGUCCUUCUUCCACAUGGCCGCCAACAUGUACGUGCUGUGGAGCUUCUCCGGCAGCGCCGUCUCCAUGCUGGGGAGGGAACAGUUCGUGGCCGUCUACUUGUCGGCCAGCGUGAUCUCCACCUUCUUCAGCUACGUGAGCAAGAUGGCCACCGGGAGGUUCGGGCCGUCUCUGGGCGCGUCGGGCGCCAUCAUGACCAUCCUGGCCGCGGUCUGCAGCAAAAUGCCUGAAGCCAAACUGGCCGUCGUCUUCCUCCCGAUGUUCACGUUCAGCGCCGCCAACGCGCUGAAGGCGAUCGUCGCCAUGGAUACGGCAGGACUGGUGCUGGGUUGGAGGUUUUUCGACCACGCGGCCCACCUGGGGGGCGCCGUGUUCGGCAUCUGGUACGUCUUCUCCGGCCACGAGCUCAUAUGGAAGAACCGCGAGCCCUUUGUCAAGUUCUGGCACGAGUUGCGGACGGGUCGCGGCGGCAGAAACGGAGGUGAGCGAGGAGGCGCCGCGUAGGACGCCCGAGCGGCGGGGCCCGCCGCGAUCGACGCGCGUCGGGAACUUGAGGAACGGUCGCCGCUGCACGGAGAUGAUUUCAUACUUUAUCGAGUCCUUCUUGGGGAAAAAAGAUGUUUUGUAAGGUGAUUUGUAAAAUCUCAUCAUAUCUUUAUUCCAGUCCGGAUUGUCUCGCCAAAAGAGACAAUCUUGGAUCCUCUCGUAGUUUUUUUUUGUUGUUUUUGUUUUUUUGCACUCCGCUUAUGUAUGAAACGGAACCCAAAGACUCCAUACUGACCCGGACCGGAGUGUUUUAUGUCUUGAAGGUGGUGCAGUCCGUCCUCGUUGGCUAGCAAUUAUUAUAAUUUUUUUUUGCUUCCCUGCGUGUCAAAAUGCAAACCAAAACAUGCGAUAUCGAUCAUAUUUUGUCUUUGUUUUCACAAAUCCUGAAGAUCAAAGUCACAGCAGGGUUAAACACCAACAAAAAAAUGCUAUUAAGUCAGAAGAAUUGGUAGUACGGAAGUAAAUAUGUGCCACCAGGAUUUGAAUUUGAAAUGAAGUGAUCACAUUUUUUCAAAAUUUGCUGCAAUUCGUCUGCGCCACCAGCAGGGUUAAUUCGGGUCAGAUCCGAACAGCCAACCGAUCUUCUUUGUCAUGUGACGUCACGUGACUGAGAAAGCGUAACUGCGAUUGGUUGGUUGUUCGGUUCUGACCCGAAGUAACCCUGCCUUCUUAACACCGAAUUUAGACGGUGAAUUUCAGACAGCGAAUUGUAGCCGGUUGAAUUGCUGACAUUGAAAAGUUACACGACUUUGCAACUCUUGAAAAUGUGAUCACUUUCCAUUUCAAAAUUCAAAUCCUGGUGGUACAUAUUUCUUUCCAUAUUGUAACGAGGUCAAAUAUAUAUUUGCAGAGAAGCGCAUCAAGUCACACGUCAAAUGAGAGCAUUGGAUGAGGGCUGUUUGGAUCGUGUGUUUGAACACGAGUAAAUGAGGACGGGAUGGCAAAAAUGUUUCAUUUUUCCUCGAGUCGUCGCCAUUGAACAUUUUCGUCCUGCUGCUUUGUGCCGUCGAUGUACGUUUGCCACGCCAAUAAAACCACUUUUGAAAGCGA